CCACAAACACAUUAUUACUUUUGCCAGUAACACACAUGGCAGCCAAAGCCUCCAUAGGGCAGCCACGGCGGAAGUGACGUCACGUAGUGUUGUAGGGGCGGGGCUUGGAGUAGCUCGGCUGGGUGAUACACAGCAGAGAGUAUCGAGGAGUGACUGCGUCUCCAGACCGAUCGCCAGCGUCGCGCGCCCCCUGUGUACCCACAGACCCCCGGGCUCGCCAGCCGGGCGCCAUAUUUACAGGUAACGGACUGUCCACUCGUGGUGGUCGCCAUGCGCCCCAUAUGGCGCCUCCUCAUACACCGCUCUCCGCCUGGCUCCUUGGUGGGAGAUGUGAGAAGCGGAGAGAGUGAGGGGCUACUCGUCCUCACUGCAGCGGUCAGGGCAGGAGUCACCUCUUAGCCACGCCCACUCGCGGUCUCCAUGGUAACGGGAUGCGGUGACCACUCCAAGUGAUUGGUGAUGGCUGGGAGCCACCUGUAGCCCCCCCUCCCACCCGUAUCACGGCUCAUAGGGCGAUCAUACCAAUUAAAGGGCUCACAGCAAACACCACAACUACUGCAUCUCCUCACCAACAACCCAGCACUGUAGCUUUAAAUCAGUGCAGGUGCUUAUUAUUGUCAUUUACCCCCCAUCAGUAUGAAGGAGCAUGGCAUGGUGGGGAGAUUAGUACUCCAUGGUGUCAGCAUGUGUAGCAAAAUUGGGUCAAACUGAUUAUAGCAUUAUGUGUCUUUUAUAUAUAUAUAUAUAUAUGUGUGUGUGUAAUCAUAUUUUUAGAAGCAAAACAAUAAUCACAUUGUACAUAUGGGUGCCUAUAGUGGUGGUGCCUAUAGCCCAGGAGUAGUGGGAGCCCUGCACUCAAACUCUCACUACUCCUGGACUUUUGUAUUACACAGCCAUGUUACAGUGCUGCAACCCACCCCAGAAAAAUGCCCCUCUCUGUCUCCUUAGAGAUAUUUUCUUUAUAGCUGAAGACAACAAAGUGAACUGAUAGCAGAGGACUCAAGAGGUUUUGCCUUGAGUGGCAGGUGAGCUUACACUUAAAUGGCCAUUGGAGUGGUACUAAAAAAAAAAGAAAAUGUGCAUAAGGAUUUGGGAUAGUGUGCAAGUAGCUUCUUUUUUUUUGUGGUUAUUAUCUCAUUGUAGAUGAUUGCAGUUAUAAUUAUUUUGGAUAUACUUAAUAUGUAAAAUUGGUAUUUCAUUAAGCAUUACUUAAAUACAGAUUAUCAAUGCCUGUUUCUCCUCUACUUGACAAGGUGAAAGCCUGAUAUAAGGAGAAAUGGUAAGGUAGUGAAGGGGUUAACCCUAAAUGUAAAUAUAAUUAAGAAAAAAGAGAGAGGAGCACUACCAAAAAAGUAUAUAGUUUAAAAUUUAACUUUUAAUGGUGAACGAAAUACAAAGUGAUCAUUUCACAUAUAGAGUCAUAUUUGGUCUAUAUAUAUAUAUAUAUAUAUAUAUAUAUAUAUAUAUAUAUAUAUAUAUAUAUAUAUAUAUAUAUAUAUAUAUAUAUAUAUCAAGACCCAAGUCCAGGUCCUGGUUUGGUUUUUAAAUCUUAUACUUUCUCAUAUGAUCUUUUUGGGUCUUGAUAUAUAUAUAUAGACCAAAUAUGACUCUAUAUGUGAAAUGAUCACUUUGUAUUUCGUUCACCAUUAAAAGUUAAAUUUUAAACUAUAUACUUUUUUGGUAGUGCUCCUCUCUCUUUUUUCUUAAUUACUGUUUCUCCUCUAUUUCACAAACUUCUGUGAAUAACCAUUUCCACAUAUCCCCCUUUCAUAUACAGUUUAGCAUUGUUGUCUGCCUUUUUUUAUAUUUAGUGUUCUAAUGCCAGUGGUUAUUUGUAAUGGAAAAAUGGGGUGUAUGGGCCAUAUAACACGGCUUCUCAUUAUAUUCUCCAGCAGGAAAGCAAUAUUUCCAGGGUUAUUUGCUAAAGUGAAAAUUGUCAGAAAUUUAAGUGAAACCCAAUUAAAGGCUCCUUCUAGCUGUCAGAGGUAUAGCCAACAAGGGCCAAUUAUUUUCGAGUAGGAAAACGUUGUUUAUGCAACUUUUUUUUUUUUUUUUUUACGAAAUGCAAAUUUCUGUGCAAUAUUUUAUUGUAUUGAAAUAGCGUUAUCAGCCAUUGUGUGUAAUGUAAAUAGAUUUAUGGUGAAGCUUUCGAAAUUUGUGUGUUGUGUAUUGACUGUAUCCUAGUAAAGGAGUCUUACUAUUCACAAUAGCUACUAUCCCUGAAGCAUUGGCUAAACAAAUCUUGUCACUCUAGCAAUCAUUAUAGGCAUUGUUCCACAUUCCAAAGCUGUAGUGGCAGAUAAGUACUUACAUUUCUUACGUUUAUCUUUUCUAAGAUAAUCUGGUUGGAAAAUAGAAAAUAUAUUCCAUAAUAACCAAUAUUUCAGAGUACCUCAGCCCACAGGGAGUUUGCCUCUCUCCCUAUGGAAGCCUCAGGACACCUUACAGUGUUCAUAGCAAACCACUGUGCACAUUGACUAAUUAAGAGAUCAUGAAACAUGGUUUAUGGUUCUCUUAUGUUAAUAGAUGUGUUUUUUUUUUUUUUUCGGGACUGUGCUGGCUUAAAGGGAUACUCUAAGCACCAAAGCAACGUUGGUUUUGUUGUAGAUAACAUGGCCCUGCAGUAUCACUGCUCAGUUCUCUGCCGUUUAAGAGUUACUCCAAGCACCAUGACUACUUAAGUGAUAUGAAGUAUUCAUUGUGCCUGUAGUCUGUAUGUGCAGCAUUACGCUAUGAAAUGCUGCACAUAAUAAUUAUUGGUAUUUUUUAUAGCGCCAACUAAUUAACCAAUUCUGCAGCGCUUUACAAUAUUAUGAAAGGGAGGGGGAAGGAGGAUUUACAAUACAUGAGACAAUUACACAGUGACACAGGAACAAUAGGUAGAUGAGAGCCCUGCUCAAACGAUCUUACAGUCUAGAGGAGGUGGGGUACAAAUACACAGCAGGGAAGCAAAGGUGACAGCCACCAAACAAGGUGGAAAAGUAGCAGAACUGGAGGUGAGAGUGGAGUGUGGCUCUUUAGGAGAGCAAGAGACAGACCGGGGUAACUAUAGAGAAGUCCAUAAGCAUUUCUGAACAGAUGUGUUUUGAGGGACUUCUUAAACAACUGAAGACUAGAGAGUCUGGCAGUAGGCAGGCUGUUCCAAAGGGAGGGAGCCGCCCGCAAGAAGUCCUGCAAGCCUGUGUUAGCAGUAAGGGUGCGAGCAGCAGACAGAAGGUGGUCACCGACAGAGAAGGGGCAUAUCUAUGAAUCAGGGAAGAAAUGUAAGUGGGCUAGAGUUGGUUAGAGCUUUACAGGUAAGGGUUAGUAUUUUGAAUUGACACCUAUAUGAUACAGGAAGCCAGUGUAAGGAUCGACAGAGGGGUGAGGUAUGGGAGGAAUGAUGGGUGAUAAAUAUGGUGUUUAAAGGACCACUAUAGGCCCCCAGACCACUUCAGCUCAAUGAAGCUGUUUGGGUGGCAGGUCCCUCUAGUGUUAACCCUGCAGCUGAAAACAUAGCAGUUUCAGAGAAACUGCUAUGUUUCACUGAGGGUUAAUCCAGCCUCUAGUGGCUGUCUCACUGACAGCCGCUAGAGUCGCUUCCGCGCUUCUCAUUGUGAAAAUCACAGUGUGAAGACGCUGGACGUCCAUAGAAAAGCAUUGGGAAAUGCUUUCCUGUGGGCGGUUUGAAUGCGCGUGCAGCACUGACAUCGGCAGAGGGAGUUCCCCGGCGCUGGAUUUUGGUACCCCUUCAGCCCAGCGGGUGUGGGACCCUGAGGGUGGGGGGAACCUAAAGAUCCUAUAGUGCCAGGAAAACGAGUUUUUUUUUUUUUUUUCCUGGUACUAUAGUGGUCCUUUAACGCUGUUACUUCCACCUCUGGUAGCAUCAUUGGGACAUCAUUAACGAAAAGAGUUCUGGGCUGGCUAAUGUCAAUUCUGUGCAUAUUUCUUUGCUCUCAGCCACGGAAUUACAUCUUGUGCAAUCAGCUGAAACUUUCAGAUAACGAAUAACUGUCACAUUUGGAAUCUGGCUUCUGCAGCUCUGUGACCACUGAGGGUAAACCAUUACAAGACAGUUUGCCCUAUUACAGUGAAACCAGGCCAGUGUACUCCUACCAUCAUAACUACUGCAGGAAGAGUCGUACCUCCAACAGCAUAGGUGUAAAACUCCAUACGUGCAGUAUUUUGUAGUGAAACACUGCACAUACAGACUCCAGGCACCAUGACUACUUAAAAUCACUGAAGUGGUUUUGGUGCUUGGAUUAACAGUUUAACUCCUAAAUGGCACAUAAUUGAGCAGUGAGACUGUAGAGGCAUGAUCUAGGCAACACAACUACAUUAAGCCUAAGUUGUUUUGGUGCUCACUGUCUCUUUUUAUGACCAUUAUUAUUUAUUUAUAAAAUAUUUUACCAGGAAGGAUACAUUGCGAUUUCUCUCGUUCAUGAGCAUUUCUAUAGUGCCAACAUAUUCCACAGUACUUUACAUUAAGCCACCAAUGUUUUCUUGAAAGGUUAUUACUAUAAAUUGUAAAUAUGUAACUCCCAGUCUCGUCUGGCUGAGCAUUAGGCACCAUAACAACUAUAACAUGAUUAAGUUAUGGUGCAUGAAGAUCCCUGAUACUGGCUUAUCUUUAGGGGUUAAACAAUUCACGAAUUUAGUGCCAUUUAGCUCUGCCCCUGUCUCCCCUCUGCUCUCUGAUUCAAUUGAAAAGCAGCUCUACCACCUCCAUAUCCAAAAUGAAUAUUUAAUAAGGAUAAGAUCUUUAUAAGAUACUCAUAUUGACUGUGGCCUCAGUUUAAUAUUGUUGGAUAAGCUUUCCAAAUAAUUUAAUAUUUUUGAAAGACUUUUAAAAUAAUGUUUAAAACAUUUUAAAAGGUACUACUUGAAAUACUGCACAUCCAGAGAUAUUUGUAAUUUAUGUGCCGGUGGCAACUCUGUUCCAGGCUACCAAAUUUAAAUUUUGUGUAUAACUUACGUCUAUUGUCAGCGCGCACUGCAUGCUGCCAAUUGAUGCCUGCAACGGUAAGCUAGCUCCGCCCUCCCAUCCUGAGAGUGGGGACCUUCUCCGUAGUGUACAGUAGGGCAUAUUACACCAGAAAAGCCCCCCCUCUCAAAUGGGUUAUAGUUACCCCUUUAGUAUAUCAAAAUAUCACAAAAUGAAAAUAUUUGUCCCUGCGUACAGCAGCAGAACGUAAGGGAUCUUCGUGUACAAUAAGGACUAGUAUGCAGUCUAUAAAAUAAAAAUAUAUUGGAAUCCUUCCCACAUCGUAUAUGUAUCAGGCAUUAUGCACCCGAUCAGUUCUUGGGCGGAUGUGUUUUUGGCAGGUAAUGGAUGCUGCCAGGGGCCAUACAGCAGUUUCUUUUUCAAACGGUUGGUGGAUGCAGCAUACAGGCUUGAUGGAGCAUAGCCUUACAGAGUACCAUAACUCUUGGAAUUUAUUUUCUGGUAGACACAGGAUGGCGCUGGGUGGUCUAAUGGCUGACCAGGGAUGCAGCUUCUAAGGUUUACAAGCGUUGUGCCUGAGCUCUUUUAGUGGAAUCCAUGCCAGGAGCCGAUGUGUUCCAUGGAGUUUCGUAUGUGCAAACAGAAAACGGUCUUUCCUGUUGGACGUCAGAGGAGUUUGUCACAUCAGGAAGGCCGUGUCCACCAGCCCCUCCACAUGAUCGUGAAGCCAGUCUAGGUUUGGAUUAUUAUUGUUCCUUCACUUUCUGGUUUCUUAGUAAUUUAUUUUGUAGUUUGGUUACUUAAAAUUGCUUUAACCCCUUAAGGACACAUGACAUUUGUGACAUGUCAUGAUUCCCUUUUAUUCCAGAAGUUUGGUCCUUAAGGGGUUAAAAAUGCCUACCCCAGCAAAAUCGAAACAGAUUAUUUAGUUUGCACAGAAUGUGUUACACCUCUUCCUGACGAGUGCAGUAAAAAAGUGUGUAAUAUCUGUUCACAAGAAGCCAUUGAAAAGCCAAGCAAAAGGACGUUAAAGGACCACUAUAGGCACCCAGACCACUUCAGCUUAAUGAAGUGGUCUGGGUGCCAGGUCCAGCUAGGUUUAACCCUUUUUGCUGUAAACAUAGCAGUUUCAGAGAAACUGCUAUGUUUACCUAUGGGUUAAUCCAGCCUCUAGUGGCUGUCUCAUUGACAGCCGCUAGAGGCGCUUCCGCGCUUCUCACUGUGAUUUUAACAGUGAGAAGACGCCAGCGUCCAUAGGAAAGCAUUGAGAAUGCUUUCCUAUGGACUGGCUGAAUGCGCACGCGGCUCUUGCCGCGCAUGCGCAUUCAGCCGAUGGAGGCGGAGAGUUGCCCGGCCGGGGAAAAAGGUAAGGGAUUACCCCUUCCACCUGCUAGAGACCGGCAGGAGGGGGAUUCAGAGGUUUGGGGGGGGAUCUAGAGACCAUAUAGUGCUAGGAACGAGUAUGUUUUCCUGGCACUAUAGUGGUCCUUUAAUACAUUCUUGUCAUGGUUUCAGGAAAAUUUGUUGCAAACAUUUUCUAAAUUUUAAACAAGUUAACGUAAAGGUUUAGGCUGUGAGUACUGACUAUCCAAGAAGUGAAUGUCUGAUUCUACUCCUGAUCUUUCAUCUGGGGAAUGUUCACAGAAUUUAGGAAAUUCAGAUUCUACAAGUGUAUGUUCUGAACAGUAAACAAGUUUUCAUUUGGCGGAACUAGGAAAAUAUGUUAAGUACUAAAAGUGGUGCAAAAUGAAGUGAUUAAAAGUGCUGAAACCUUUCCUAUUUACCCCGAUCUGAUGGCCUUGAUUAAGCAAGUGUAUUUAUUUCAAAAUAGUUUAAAUUACAGGAAACAGAAGCAUGGGAAACUCUCCCCUAAGUUGACGUGCCAAUUUCACAACUUUCUAAAAGGCCACAUUACCAAUUGGAGAAGCUCAGCCUUAAAAGAGCUCUAAUGAAUAAAAUAGCAGAAACCUCUUUUAGGUGUAUUUUUCAUGAUUUUGCCUUCCUUAGCAAAGCUAACAUCUCAGGUUCUACAGUAGACUGAUCCCAAAGUGUAUGGAUUCAAGAACUAGCUUGAUGUCUCACGGGUCAAAGUAAUGAAAGCUGCAAAGCUAUUUAAAAAUAUCACGCUUGCUAAAAAAUAUCUGUGCAAAAUGACAGAUAAAUCAUUAAAACCAUCUGCAAGGAAUAUGGGCCUUUCUCCUCUGUUGCACAUAGGGCUUUCUGGUUAAAAUCCUGGUCUGCUCUGAGUGAGCAUUAGUUUGAGCAGGAAAAAUAUUGAAAUCCGCUUUAGGUAAUCUAAUUAAACUAUCGGAUACAAAAAAAGGCUCUCUCUUAGGAAAGGAUUUUUAAAUGGAACAAACGUAUUUUUCCCCGCUACCAAAUUAAAUAUAAUUACAGGGAGGACAAGACCCGUUCCUUUUGUAAAUCUAAGGAUUAGAAACCCUGGGGAAAAAGGGUUCUUCCUCCAAGUUUGACAAAACCAGAAAAUUCUGACUUGACACAAGAAUCAAAGUUUGUGGACAGCUGAGGCAUUUUGCAGAAAAAUAGUCAGAGCAAAACUAGCUGCUGGAUUCUAAAUACCAUUCUUUAUGGAUACAAAAUCAGGUUUGUUACCAAGAUUUCAAUUCCUCUUCUCCACUUAUGCUUAUCAAAGAAAGAAGAGGUACUGCUUUCGGAAGCCCUUAAAUUGUUCCAGAAAGGGAUUUAAGCAAAGUUAUAUGUUCUAUAUUCAAGCAUUCCAAGGUGUGUGUGUGUGUGUGUGUGUGUGUAUGUGUGUGUGUGUGUGUGUAUAUAUAUAUAUAUAUAUAUAUAUAUAUAUAUAUAUAUAUAUAUAUAUAUAUAUAUAUAUAUAUAUAUAUAUAUAUAUAUAUUCCUUAUACAAAAGCCACAUAAGGAAUAUUUAUAGUCUCCUAUCUGGACAAUUGGUUCAUCAAAGCAUAAACAUUUUUCCAGCUAAAGGAUUAUCUGAAAAUUACUCUGGUUGCACUUGAACAACAUGGUUGGCUCAUCAACUGGGAAAAGUUGGUUUCUUAUCCAUUAAAAAGAUGUAUUUUCCCUGUCUAGGCAUAGAAUCAAAAAAGUUACCCAUUUUGCUUCCAGAUCACAAAAGUUUAGAAUCAGGAAAGCAAUUUCCUGCAUUCAAAGAAACCCACUUUGUUCAAUCAGGCAGGUAAUGAGCCUGUGGUGUUACUCACUUUCACCAUUCCAGCAGUGAAAUGGGCCAAGGCACAUAUUAGUUCUUUACAAGGAGAAAUUCAAUGUUGCUCGACCAGGAAUCCAGAAGAACUAGACAAAGCAUGAUUCAUCACAGAAUAUACUUUAAAAGGCCUCUGUUGGUGGAAGAUCUCAAAUAUUAUUAAGGCUUUUCUUUCGCACAACUGAACUGGGUAAGAAACACUACAGACGUCUUUAGAACAGGAUGAGACUUACAUUAAUUCCUUAAUGGUUCAAGAAAAUCGUUCCACAAAAAGUUUCUCACCAGUCAUCCAACUUCCAAGAAAUGAAGACCGUCCGGAAAGCACUUCAUUUCAAUAAGCAUAUAAUAAAUUAAGCAAUGCAGAUUCAGUAAGACAAUCUUACAACUGUGAUUUACUUGAGCAAGCAAGGAGGAACACAAAGCCAGUGUUUCGGCAGAGUUAUGUGCAAUUAUCCUGGCAUGGGCAAAAAAUAUCUCUGCAAUUAAAGACGUCCAUAUAAAUGUCAUAGAAAAUCAACAGACAGAAAAUCUUGGUAGACACCUGGAAACAAACUGGUCUCUCGGUCCUCAGGUGUUCAACACACUGCUGUGAAUAUUCAGAACUCCAGAUCUAGACCUCAUGGCAACAAUACUCAAUCUAAAGGUGUCAAAAUUCGCCUCCCUUUGCAGACAAGACAGUCUGGAUUUCCUAGACCGAUUCUCUGUGAAGUGAACCUUUUAAUGGCAUACAUCUUUCCUCAAGCGGCAAUGAGUCCAAAGUUCCUGCAAAGGAUCAAAAAAAAGACUAGUCCUCUGUCAUAUCAAUAAUGCCCUUAUGGCUAAAUUGCAGCGUGAAAAAUAUGGAUUAUCAUCAGAUGCCUCCCAAACUGGUUGGGGUGCCCAUCUAGAUUCACAGUUCAUUCAGGAGAAAUGGACUUCGAAAGAAGCAAAACUUCAGAGAGAUGAAGGCAGUUAUGAAUGCUCUGGUGGCUUUCAGUCCUGUCAUUGCAGACCAAGCUGUAAGGGUUAAGUUCUACAACGCCACCACAGUUGCUUACUUGAACUGUCAGGAGGGACAAAAGUAAAUUCUACAGGAUCUGUGCUACCAUAUAUCUUGAGCACAGUCAAAAGUAACAUCAUUCUCAGCAACUCGUAUCAGAGGUACUCAGAACGUCAUCGCAGACGACCUCAGCAGACAAUGUUGGUCUCAAGCGGAUUGGUCUCUAAAACACCAGAUGUUCUCGAGACUGGUAUUCUGAUUCCAGACAUCGAUCUUAUGGCCACAAGGAAAAACAGGAAAGUCUCACGCAUUGCUUCUAUUCAGGCACUGGAUUAUUUUACAGACUUCCUAGACGUCUUGUCCCUCACCUGGAACCUCAACAUGGGAUAGGUGUCGCGGCUGCACGUGGUUGCACCUGAUCAGUGCAACCACACUGACCAGUUUAAGAGUGUACGUGUUCAGCAGCAAGCCAGGAGCCAAACCGUUGGGGCAUCCAUCCCCUUCACACGCAGGAUCCAAAAUGGCGCCGACCACGAGGUUGUGGUUAUUUGUAGCUCCGCCUCCAAAUGUCACAUGACACAACGUCGACGCACACACACGUUCUGGGGUCAGAGGCCAAGCCCUGACCAAUCACAGCCCUAGAAGGGAUAUUUAAACCUCCCUAGUUCAUUGCCCUGUUGUGUUUUCCCUUCCUGGUUCCCGUGAGUGCAUUUUGUUGUCCUUGAUAUUCCCGGUUUUCUGACCUUGGCUAUUUCUGACUAUUCUGAUCUCUGCUUUCCCUGACUUGGCUUUCUUAUCGAUUUUGUGUAUUUCUGGCUUCCUUGGACAUUCUCUGUCUUUCAACGUAUUAAGCCGGCCAUUCUAAGGAACGGUUUACGUUCUGUCUUUUUUUUUUCUAUUCUAUGUAGAUGUUACAUAGUUUUGCAUGUUGGAUCACAUUAAAAGUCGUGAUAAUAGGUUUUCCCUCCGAUAGCCUUGAUACCAUGGUUAAUUCAAAAGAUCAGAUGGGGAAAAGGCAAGGGUUCUUGCCAUUGUUCCCUUCUGGCCGAACCGAAGCUGGUUUUCCGAAACAGAGCGUAUGACUAUUUAACGCUGGGUUCUGACAAUUUCAAGCAACUUCAUAGAGAACCGAUCAAGUGCCUAUUUAUAUGCAUAGAGGCCUGUGUUUACAUUUUAUUAAAAUUCAAACCCAAUUAAAAGAUAUACUGAGACAAGAAAGGGACUUUGUUUCUGUAUCUUUCCUAAGUUUGAUAAACUUAUUAAACGGCAGAUCUUCCUUUUUGUCAAGUUUGUCAUUUCACAUCUGUUACUAGUGACUGCUUAAGAGGGGGAAAAAGCUCUUUCUAUGCAUGGUCUUGUGGUAUCCUCUAUUCCAGGCAUAGGCGACCUUCGGCACUCCAGAUGUUGUGCACUACAUCCCCCAUAAUGCUCUAACACCUAUAAUGCUGGCAAAGAAUCAUGGGAGGUGUAGUCCAACACAUCUGGAGUGCCAAAGGUUGCCUAUGCCUGCUCUAGUCUAUAAAACUCUCACAUGUGCGAGAGUACACGUCUGACGUCUGCUCCAGGCAGCUGAAGAAGACCAGGAAGAUGAUCAUGGUAGUGCCUGCAGGAGACAGGCCCAUGUAAGUAUAACCUAUCUUCACCUGCCGCCAUGGCCACUGGACCCCCAUCAGCAAUGUCCCUCUCUGGGUGACAAAUGGUGACAGAGCCACUUUAAAGAACAUUGCAUUCUCUCAAUUUAAAAACAAAAAAUAACAAUAAGUAUAUUUGCUAUAUUUAUAUCAAAUUAUAAUUUAUUUAUUGUUUCUACAUUUGAAUAUUAUGUUUAUUUACUGUUUUGUUUGAUAAUGAGAAUUAUUGCAAUUAUUUGAAGUGUAAAUUAAUUCACCAAGAAUAAUUUUGCAUUAGUUAAUUAUUUUAAGGACAGGUUUGUGCUUAAUUAAGAUUUAAAUGUUUUGAAAUUGGAUAUCUAUUGGAUAAGGGCUGCUAGCAGUAUGAUGUGUCAACUCCACUGGGCUCAAACUCCUAACUAUUAUUUUUUAAAGUCUUCUCCCCUUCUUAAUUGCUAUCCCUCCCCCCGUUCCCUAUAAAAAAUUAAAAAAAAAAAAUGCAAAUUAACCAUGUAGGUGGCAAACUUAAAGCACAUGUAAUAUGUACAGAAAAAGCAGCAUAUGGCACAUAUCUGCAUCUGACUGGCAGUUUAUAUGUGUGCAUAAAAAUAUGAUAUGGCUAAUCCAAUUCCUUUUCUUUUUGAUGAUUCAUUCCAUAGGUUUUGACUAAUUGAAAUUGCAUAGAUCACUGGCUAGUGACACUAAAUUACCUACAUGACAUCAGCUGGUUAACCCCCUUCUUCAGCUGUAAAAUUAUAAGUUCUACAAAAUACCAUUGUUAGUCUUUUCCCUGUAUCAAACUGGUUUACAUUCCCUAAGUGUAGGGCAGUGUUGCUUUCACAAACCAUUUGUGUUGGGUAUUGAUCUCUGGCCUGAUUAAAACCAGGUGCCUGAAUGGCUUCAUUACUAAUUUUAGGGUCCCAAUACAGGGGUUAAGAAUCACUGAUCUAUAGAAUAAAUAGCAUUCUGCCCCUAGUGCAUACUUGACAAUUCAUUCUGUUGUGAGCUCAUACACUUCCAAAGAUAUUACAGAUAUUUCACUGACAUCGCAGAUCUUCAUAUUAAACUCUUCUCGUCUUUGACAACCCCUUUAUUCAUUAAUCUACAGACACUAUUUAACUCUAAAUUAAACUUUGUAUAAGUUAUUUAAUGGCACUUCAUUUUCUAUAUGCAGCUUCAAACCAUUUCUUUAUUUAUAGCACUGUGCAUGGCUUUGCUAGUCAUCUCUUCACAUUCAAGCAUGCUUAUCUGUGUGUGGGUGGAUUGGUCUGUCUUCCACCCCCACCAAAUAGUGAGGUGAGUGCAAUUCUUUGUGGUUAUAAAACCCUUUGAGUCUAAACCACAGAAAGUGCUUAUCACCAUAUAAAUACAUAAAGGUAUGUAGAAUUUCCUAAUAGUGUCCACUGCUUUUAUUCUUAUUUUUAGAACCUUUUAAACCAUGGAUCGGUAUGGAAACCUUUUUGACGAUGAAGAUGUGGAUCACUCCUUUUUUGAUAGCGAUAAUGAUGAGAAGGGAGACAAAGAGGCUGUUGUGUCUUCACACCCAAGCAAGCAAGAGGAUGCAAAACCUAAUGUGGGUUUAGUAGCUGAAUUAAAAGGCAGUGCUGGAGAUAGAGAACAAUAUACAAGUAAGGAAGAAAGUAAUGGAAAAGAAACACAAUUUAAAAAGGAGUAUGAGGUUGCAAAAUCCCGGUCUUCUAGUAGGCCUGGCAGUCCAGUCAAGUCUGGAAGGAGCUCUGUACAGAGCCUGAGAAUUGAAACAACCAUUCCCACGGGGAUUCCCAAAAUUAGACAUGAAUUUGAGGACAAUUACUACCCAGAUGAAGAUGACAGUAGUGAGGAAGAAGAGCACAACCCCAGACCCAAAUCCUCAAAACAAACCUUUGUUGGAAAGAAAAGUACAGGUAAAUAUAACCGAGAAGCAGUGUCCUCGUCCAUUUCCAGUUCAGAUGCAGAAUAUUCAGACACUGGGUCAGAUGGGCGCAUUUCUAAAUCAUCAUAUCAAUCAGCCAAAGGAAAUGGACAUUUUGCUGAGAACAAGACUCCUAAACAGCCAGUCAGAGAUCUAAGGGACUAUGCGGAUGAGUCGGAAGAUACAGUCACUGAUGUAACUCCCCUGUCCACACCGGACAUUAGUCCUAUCCAGUCAUUCGAUCUGGCAGCUACAAGUGGAGCACUGAAAAAUAAAAUGCAACGCCAAGAAAAUGUCAACCAAGAUCAAUAUGGUAAUUUUAAUGUUUUGUGCUUUUUAUUGAAACUGAUCAGAGUCAGUAGAUUUAAUUGACACCUACAGUACUGUGCAAAAGUCUUAGGCCACCAUUAGAUUUGUUGUUUUAGCAAUGGUAUAAUGACCAUAUAUAAUUAUUCCUCGGUCUCUUUAUUAGAACGCAACCAGAAAAUACAGAAAAUGGGUAUGCAAGACAAAAUCUGAUGAUAAGUGUCUGUUUCUUCUUUGAGAGACUGGAAGAAGUGCACCUGGCUCUGCAUCUGGCCAUUGAUCAGGAAUGGUCUUUGUGGAAUGGUAUACAUGCCAAUAUUUGCAUAUCUUCGCCUUGUCACCUUGUUCCCCUUCUGAAAAUACAAGUGGUUUCUUGGCUGCUACCCUUUUGCAAAGACCAUUCUUGAUUAAACUAUUCGGACUGUAGACUGGUCAACUUGGCAGAUGCCGAGCCAGGUUCUUGCUAGACUUCUGAUCUUUCCAAUCACACACAGCAUCAUGUCAGUGUGACUUAUGCUUCUCAUUAGAGAAGAAUUUGAUUCUCAUGUAAAAACCUAGGAGCAUUGGAUCGGUUCAAAGUUAAAUCAUACUUGAUCUCACAGUGGAAGGAUUGGCUGCAGAGCAGAGUCUGUUUCAGCACAGGAUUAUGGGUGCAACCCUAGGGGGAUUCUGCAUUGUUGGCUUUUUUUUUUAAUUUUAUUUUUAUGGUAACUGAAUUGAGCUGUGUAUUUGUUAUUUUCAAAUGGAUCUCAAUGAGAUUAAUUUAAAAAUAGCUAAAUAAAUAAAAUGGAACCGAAUAGCAGCUAAUUUGUAAAUUAAUUUCCCUGCUACGAGAAGGAGGAGAAGAAGGGAAAAAUAAAUAAAUAAAAAGAUACCCUUAAUGUAAGAAUCAGGUUCGGGGAUAUCUUUAGUGUUUACAGAGAUUUAGGGUGGCAUUGGUCUAACUUAGGAAUUAGGAGGCUUUAGAGUUUUGGCUGCAAAUAUCCUGGUCUGUAUCAGGGCAAUUGGAACAGCUGAGUAAACAAAAUUAAGCUGCUAUAUUGUAUUCUGCUAAAUUCAGAACACAAACUGCAGCUGGACAGAAUUGUUUAUUUAGAAAAUUGGGCAGAUUAGAUGGGCCGAAUGGUUCUUAUCUGCCAUCAUAUUCAUUUGUUUCUAUAUUGUAAAUUCUGUUGAAAUAACCAAAUUUGCCUUUUGCAAAUCCUCAAUUUGGUUUAAAUAUCACCAUUUUGACAACUAAACUCCAUUUAGCUGUAGUUUGUUUCCUAUUCAGCAUAUAGUGAAUAGACCACUUUGUCUUAAUUUUUAGUUUUUCCUUCGUAGCUCAAUUUAACCCCUUAAAACCUGUACAUGGGGGGUACUGUUUUACUCGAACGACUUCGCUGAACAAAAAUAUUAGUGUUUAAAAAACAAUAAAAUGUACUACAACGAUAUUUUUUCACACACAAAUGGCACUUACACGGACGAUAUAAUUGUUGUGAUACGUUUUAUUGUUUUGAAACACUAAUAUUUGUGUUCAGUGAAGUCUCCUGAGUAUAACCGUACCCCUCAUGUACAGGUUUUAUGGUGUUUUCAAAAGUUACAGAGUCAAAUAUAAGGCUUGCGUUUUAGUUUUUUCACAUUGAAAUUCGCCAGGUUUGUUACGUUGCCUUUGAGACCGUAUGGUAGCCCAGGAAUGAAAAUUACCCCCAUGAUGGCAUACCACUUGCAAUCGUAGACAACCCAAGGUAUUGUAAAUGGGGUAUGUCCAGUCUUUUUUAGUAGCCACUUGGUCACAAACACUGGACAAAAUUGCAUUUUUCACACACAAAUAUUAACACUAAUAUUGGCCAGUCUUUGUGACCAAGUGGCUACUAAAAAAGACUGGACAUACCCCAUUUGUAAUACCUUGGGUUGUCUAUGUUGCAAAUGGUAUACCAUCAUGGGGGUAAUUCUCAUUCCUGGGCUACCAUACGCUCUCAAAGGCAACGUAACCAAUCUGGCGAAUUUCAAUGUAAAAAAACUGAAAAAUGUAAUAUGCUAUAUUUGACCUUGUAACUUCCCAAAACACCACCAUAAAACCUGUACAUAGGGGGUACUGUUUUACACGUGAAACAUUGCUGAAUACAAAAAUGUGCAUUUUAUUGCAGUAAAAGCAAACCGUAUUAUGACAUUCAGUUAAAAUGUCACAUAGAACUAGAAAUGUUGUUAAAAUUCUUAUUUUCUCCUAUUUUUUUAAUAUUUUAUUCAUAUUAAAUUGUUUCAUACCUAAAUAUUUGAUGUUAGAUGAAAGCCAUGUUUCCCAUGAAUAAAAUGAUAUAUAAUAAGUGUGGGUAUGAAAGAGGCGAAUUACGCCUGAACAGACAUAUAGGGCAAAUUCAAGUUUUUGUUUACGUUUUGACCACAACGUGUACAUUUGGCUCAGUCCUUAAGGGGUUAAUAUUCUUGUGGCUAUUUAUUGAGACCCCUGAUCUUUCUGGAACCACAAGAUGAAGGGGAAAAAUGACUGUUUACUUUAUAUUUGUUUUUGUUUUUUAAAUUAAUUUUUUAUAGUAUAUAGAUUAUGCAUUAAAAAAAAAAAUAUAUAAAUGAAAGGGACAAUUGGCAUUUUAAAAUAUUUCUUUUGCUUCUAGAUUUCCACAGCAAGGAAGAAACUCUGCCCAUCGCAAAGCUAUCUUUCUUGUAUAUGGGGUUUGAUUUCAUCCGACAAACUGCUGUCAAGCAGAGUUUGUGGGAUAAGUAGUUUUAUCCCCAAAAGCAGUUCCACUGGAUGAGUAGAAGAGUUUUAAAAACUGAUGGCUGCUAUCAUUUUACAUAUAGAGGUGUGUUCAGUUAUCAGUAGAGAGAGAUGAGUUCAUACAUGUGCAACAGCAUGGAACUGAAAGUUGCACCUGCCUAAUUGACCCCUCAAGGGGGCUGUAUUAAAGCUACAGCAGUUUUUUGUUUUUUUUUUAAUUACAUUUUUUAUUUUUACAAAUUACUGCAGUUAUAAGCUGCCACCAGAACUGAGAGUAGAUUUAGGGUACUCUCUUCUCCAUAAACUUUGCAAUAAUGCAAAAUAGUUUAUAAUGAUUAUCUCUGCUAAUUUGGUCUUUUUCCUUUUUUUUUUUUUUUUAAACAUGAUUGGCAUUCCAGUGUUUAUAGGAACUUUGGCUAGGUUAGUGGCACGUCUCUUCUGUACUUUUAUCACAAUUCAAAGAUGAAUGAUGAUGAAAAUAACCCUUAUUAUCUCUGGGGUAGUGUACCAAUUAUUGAGCCAUAAAUGUUUUUCAGUUUCUGAUUUAUCUCUGCUUUCUUGUCAGACCCUGAUAUGGAUCAAAAGACUAAUGCCAAGGUAUUGCAAGAUGCUAUGGACCUAAACCAACUUCUUAAAGGUAUAAAAUACCUCUUCUGUUUUUUAUUUUGUUUUGUUUACUUAUUUUCCCCUCUUCAAUGUAAACUAUGAAUAUAUUGCAGAUAAGUGAUUUUACUCUUGUUUCAUGCCCCCAAACAACAACAAAAUCUUCCAACUGUUUAAUAUCUACCAAAAGGUUGACUUUUCAGUAUCUAGAGUUGAUCAUACGUGUAAAAACUACUGAAGAAUCAAGUAAAUACCACCACCAGGAGGCGGCUGGCUGUGGGGGAAUGGGGCAAGAGAGGGAGCUGUACUCUCGUGAUCUUCCAGCACUGCUCCCUCAAGCGCCCUGUGGAGAUACCAGGAGCUGGAUUAUGAUGUGGUCCCAGCAUCACUAAACUGCAUGUGAGGGAGCUGUGCUGGAAGAGCAUGAAGUUUACACAAGUCCCACAGUGGACCCCAGGUAAAGGAUUCACUCCAGCUCUCCCAAAGGUAGGGAGGCAGGGUGGACUUCAAUGAAAAUAAGUAAAAUAAAUAAAUAAAAUAAUAGUUUGAGAAUAUGUGUGUCAAAUCAGUGUCUGUCAGUGAGAGUGUGUCUGUCAAUGAGUGUGACUCAGUUUCCUUUGUGUAAAUGCAUUGUGUUCGUUUCCUCUGUGUGUAAAUGUGUCAGCAUUCUGUGUGUAAAUGCAGUGUCUGUCGGUGAGCGUUUCCUCUGUGUGUGUGUGUGUGUGUGUGUGUGUGUCACUGUCCUCUGUGGGGUUUUUUUAAUGUGUCAGUAUCUGUGUCCUGUGUGUAAAAGUGUCAGUGAGUAUCAGUUUCCUUUGUGUAUAAGUGUAUUCAUAUUUUCAUUAUGUCACUUUUAUACUUCAGAUUAAUAGUUUAUACACUCAUCCUUACAUACACAAUAUUCACAUUAUGUCAUAAUUAUUAAAAAAAAACUAUUCUUUACUAGCUUUAAUUAGGGUUGUUCUCCAGUAUGGUAUGAACUUAUAAGUGUAAGUAUGUGUCCACACAUUUCAUUUGGAAUUUAAAUCCAUAGAAAUUACUUUUUUUCUCUGUAAAAUGUUGAGAAACACUGGUGUAAGGAGUCCACAGCAACACAUUAUUAUAUUACAAGUAAUAUAUGUGAAAUAUGAACAUUUGGGGUAUGCAUACCAUGGGUUGGAAAACUAAGCCUUACACCAGUGAUGGCGAACCUUUUUGAGCCCGAGUGCCCAAACCGCAAUACGUGCCAACUCAAAGUGCCAGCACAGUAAUUAAACCCGAAUACUGAGGUUUAAGUUUAGAAAAAAAACAACUCAUACAGUUGUCCAAACUAAUUCUCCUCUUCUGUCCCCCCAGCUUCUUCCCUUCUCUACCCACAACAUAUGCCCCUCUCCCCCUGCAUCUCUUCCUCCUCUCCCCUUCUCCCCCAGCAUCUCUUCCUCUUCCUCUUCUCCCCUUUUCCCCAGCAUCUCUUCCUCCUCCUCCUCUCCCCUUCUCCAACAGCAUCUCUUCCUCCUCCUCCUUCUCUCCCCUUCUCCCCCAGCAUCUCUUCCUCUCCCCUUCUCCCCAGCAUCUCUUCCUCCUCCUCCUCCUCCCUCUCCUCUCCCUUUUCUCCCCAGCAUUUCUUCCUCCUCCUCCUCCUCUCCCCUUCACCCCCAGCAUCUCCUCCUCCUCCUCUCCCCCUUCAGCAUCUCUUUUCCUCCUCCUCUCCCCUUCUCCCCAGCAUCUCUUCCUCCUCUCCCCUUCUCCCCAGCAUCUCUUUCCUCUCCUCUUCUCCCCCAGCAUCUCUUUCUCCUCCUCCUCUCCCUUCUCCUCCAGCAUCUCUUCCCUCCUCCUCCUCCUCUCACCUUCUCCCCCAGCAUCUCUUCCUUCCCCCUCCUCUCUCCCCUUCUUCCCCAGCAUCUCUUCCUCCUCCUCCUCCUCCUCCUCUCCCCUUCUCCACCCAGCAUCUUUUCCUCCUCCUCUCCCUCAGAUUUGUCUCUUCACUACCCCAGCACAUCCGCCUUCCUCCAGUAUAUCCUCCUCUUCACUACUCCAGCACAUAAUGUUUAAUUUUUUUUGGUGAGGGUUUGAAGUCCACCCAGGCUCCCUACCUGAUGGAUCAGAUUUCUGCCUGCUGCUGUGAGGGGGUGUGGGCACGAGGGAGCACUGACUUACCUGCUGUUCCAGCACUGCUCCCUCCACUGAUGCCACCGGGAAGCAGGAUGUGAUGUCAAGAAGGUGGGCGGCGCCUGAUUGACGUCAUUUCCUGUCUCCCGGCGGCAUUGCUGGAACAGCACGUAAGUCAGUGCUCCCUCGCAGCCCUCCAUCCCACCCACCAGUGCUAUCUUAACAUUAUGGGCCCCCGGGUAAAGCAGUGCACUGGGGCCCUGCCUACACACAACUCGCAGGAAUAAAAACUUUAAUUAUAGAUAAAAUUAGGCUUAAAUUUGUUAGUAUCUCCAACAAAUGCAAUACAUACACACCGACUGUUGAAUACAUACACCCACCGACACACACACACACAGACUACUGAGAACACACAAUCUGCUGAAUACAUACACACACAUACUGCAUUGAGAAGUGCAGUGUAUGUUUUUGUUUGUGUGUGUGUGUGGAGCGGUGCUGUGUGUGGGUGUGUUGGACUGAUUAGGGACAUCCUCUGGUUCCUCUGUCAACCAAUCCAUGACAAUUCAAAGUGCUCCGCCUGUCAGUGCACUGCAUUAUUUCUAAGCAGUUGGACAGUGACAAGUUGUCAUGUGGAUUUAGAUUGCCCUACGCUACCUGGUACAUAAUUUAAUUACUUUUAGAGUUAAAUGAUCUGAAUUGCCAUUUUAAAGUUGAACCCUUUUCUAUUUUGAAGCAUUUAUGCAUCUGGAUAAAACAGACCAACAGAGUCUGGUAGUAGAGCAACCACCAGUGAGGCACAAGAAAAACUACUCCUUUAACAGUGAGGAGGUGCGGCAUAUUGACCGGGAAAACCAAAGGUUGCUGAAAGAGCUCUCCAAACAGGCUUCAAAACCCCGCAGUAAGAUCCUUACCAUGAAAAAACCCAACGGAGUUCCUGUCCGACUCUAUCACAGUGCUCUUAAUAGGCAAAGGGAGCAGCAACGGAUCGAAAGGGAGAACCUAGUAAGUAAACACAGCAUUUCCACAUGUAAGAGAUUCCAAUUCAAUACAUUAUAAACAUCUAAUUUCCUAAACUUUUUAACGCAUACGUUUAUCCACUAAUCCGUAAAUUAUGGCACAUAGGGAACACAAUCUAGACAAAGUAACUUUAUGGAAAAAGUCAACUACUUUUCAGAUUUUAAUUUACAUGUCUUUGCAAUUCAACUUUCAAAUCACUAUUUAGUGAAUAAAGCCUUAAUGCCUCUCAGAUUAUUGAAAUUAAAUGAACUAAAACAAUUCUCUCCCUUACGCUGUAAGUAUGUUAAAGUACCACUAUAGGCACCCAGAUCACUUCAGUUUAAUGAAGUGGUCUGGGUGCCAGGUCCAUCUAGGUUUAACCCUUUCUGCUGUAAACAUAGCAGUUUCAGAGAAGCUGCUAUGUUUACAUCUGAUGAUUUUGUCUUUCGGCAUUGUGACUAGCUUUUGUGUUUUCUUUCCUUUCUUUUCUGUAUGUUUACAAUAGGGUUAAUCCAGCCUCUAGCGGCUGUCUCAUUGACAGCCGCUAGUGGCGCAUCUGCACUUCUCAUUGUGAUUGAGAAUGCUUUCCUAUGGACUGACUGCACACAUGCGAUUUCGGCAGAAGCGGGAGGAGAGUCCCCAGCGCCAAGGGAGCCCGGCGCUGGUGAAAGGUAAGCCUUUAACCUCUUCCUCCCCCUAGAGCCCGGCGGGAGGGGGGCCAUGAGGGUGGGGGGGGACCUAUUAACACUAUAGUGCCAGGAAAACUAAUUUGUUUUCCUGGCACUAUAGUGGUCCUUUAAUCAACUAAUUAUUUAUUUGACUUGCUGCAGCAGCACAGUGCCUGAAUAAAAAUGAGGCCAAUGUGCAUAUUCCAUUUCACAUUUUCUACUCACUAAUCAUACAAAAUCCAUAGACUCAAAUGUUAAAGGAACACUAUAGGCACCCAGACCACGUCAUCUUAGUGAAGUUUUCUGGGUGCAGUGUCCCUGUUCCCCUAAAACUGCAAUGUUUACGUUCAGUGUUAAGGCUGUGUUUGACUCCAUGAAACAAUGGUGGACGUCCUCAUGCAACAUCCAGUGUCAUGCAAAACUUCAAAGGAAAACAAUGAGUUAAUUCUUUCCUGUGGGGAAGACCACAUUCACAUUAGGUUCUCCCUAUCGGAUAAAUCAGGUAAGUAAUGGAAUGGCUUGUUUCGUUUUUUUAUUUUAUUUUAUAACCUUUUCAUGGGCUUUAAGGGGCACUUUUGUGUUAGGAAUACAACAUUGUAUUCUGAACUCUAACGUGUUCCUUUAAUGCAGUGUUUCCCAAACCAAUCCUGAAAAUCCACCAACAGUCCAGGUUUUGGUAGUAUCUCCAUUGGAAUAAAACUGGGGGAUACCUAAAUCCUGCACGGUUGGUGGGCCAUGUGGACUGAUUUUGGAACCACUGUUUUUUAUUGGAUUUCAAGCUCAAAUCCCUUGACUACAUUUGGGUUUUUUAAUGUGGUGUUAUGAUUUGGGAGAACAUCUGAUGGAGUCAGGUGACACUGUAUUUAUGGCAUAAGUUCAGGCUUUGUUACGUAAUGUAAACCUUUUGAUGACUCUUAUUAUAAUUAUUAUUGGCAUUUGUGUAGUGCCAACUUAUUCCACAGCACAUUGCAACAGUUUCUGGUCUGGACAACCGGAAGUUAAAGAGUUGUUUUGUUUGUUUUCUUUUUUUUUUUUGUUUUUGUUGUUGUUAUUAUAUAAUGCAUUAAAUAUUAGUGAUUUUACAGGCUAUCCCAUUUACACAGUGGAGCUCUCCUGAUGUUGGUUUCCCCUUGUGGGACUCUACACAUCACCUACUCCUAUUACCAUUUACAUACGUUGUACUUAUUUUGCUAGAAAUAAUUCUUAAUCAUACUGUAAUAGAUCCUGAUGUGGCCAUUAUUAAACCGCAUUCACAGCCGUAGGUUACUGGCCAUCCUGUAAUGCUGGUAGCUGAGUUCACCUAUUGCCGUUCCCAAUAAUGGAUCACUAACCAACUUGCACAUAUUUCUGUUGAUAUCACUUGUGCUGUUCUCACAAUGGCAGUCCAAUCCUCUGGGCCGAUUCCAUACUCUUCUAGUUCUUCUUUUGCCUCACUUAUUGUGCGUUUUACUUAAACGAACACUUUAUUCUGCUUAUUAAAUGAUAUGCUAUAUAAUUUCUGCUGGGGUUUUAAUGCAGGUUUGUUUUCCAAUAAUUAUAAAUUCAUGCAGUAAUGCAUUCUCCCAAAGGGUUAAUGAAAAACAGUAGCUGUGAGUCACUUUCCACCCACUCGCACCUCCUACCCUGUCAUACCCACGCUUUGCUGCCAUCCCUCUGCCUGGUAUUCAUACGGCAGUGACAGCAGACUGCAUGCCUAUUUAACUCUUCCCAACCUCAUGUUUGCCAGUUUAAUAAUCCUAGACCUCAUUUAUCAAUAACGUUUGACUGUACUACAACAAGGUUUAAUUUGUAAGUACAUUUUUACCAUGGGCAUAAAUGUUUCAGUACAUACCUUUUGCAAACGUGGUGUUACCAUGGUAGUAUGUCUUUAAGGAUGUACACAAUUUAAUUAGCUUAAACACAUUAUUUCUCUACAUUAUGUGCUCUGUUAAUACUUAUUUGUAUUCUUAAGUAGGGUUAACAGUUUAGAGCAGUGACAGCUUCACCGUCUUAGAAUCAGGAACUCCAGGUUCAAAUCACGGUCACUUUGACAUGGCUAACGAAUGCUGCAUUAGAAGUAUUCUGAAUGUCAUCCCAAAUCUUACCAGUUGAGGGCAGUAGCCUAGCACAAUUAUCUUCCUGUCAGUGAUCUUGACAAGAUCAAGAUGAUCUUGAUGGCACUUUCACAUAAAGUUCUUGGCAAGAUAGGAAGUCUUCUGAAAGCUUUGAACAUGAGUUUGAUUACAGCAGUAUUACUGAUAUUUGACCCAUCUGUUUCUUUGUAACUGUGAUGGCCAUAAGGCAUUUAUUUGUCAAGUACAUUUCCUAUAACUAGCUGAACUUGGUGCUAAAUUUACUUUUUUACAAUAUGUUCAAUGAGAUUUAUGAAUAAAUAGCAGUUUUAAGGGAAAAAUUGUAAUUUGUAGGAACAUUGUUUUGACUAAUCAUGCAAAAAAAAUAUAUUUUUAUUAAAGGAUAGUGAUCAUAUGAAGUUGUUUUGCUCCCUUUUUAAAUCAUAAUGAUAACAGAAAUCACCCAAAUGGCCCUGAUCCAAAGUUUAGAUACCCUUGAAUGUUUGGCCUUGUUAAAAAACACACAAGGUCACACACAUGUUAAAAUGGCAAUUAAAGGUUAAUUUCCCACACCUGUGGAUUUUAAAUUGCAAUUAGUGUCUGUGUAUAAAUAGUCAAUGAGUUUGUUACCGCUCACAUGGAUGCACUGAGCAGGCUAGAUACUGAGCCAUGGAGAGCAGAAGAGAAAUGUCAAAAGACCUGCGUAGCAAGGUAAUGGAACUUUAAAAAGAUGGAAAAGGAUAUAAAAAGAUAUCCAAAGGCUUGAAAAUGACAGUCAGUACUGUUGAUUCAUUUAUUAAGUGGAUAAUUUGGGGAUCUCUUGAUACGAUGCCAUGGUCAGGUAGACUAAGAAUGAUUUCAGCCACAACUGCCAGAAGAAUUGUUUGGGAUACAAAGAAAAACCCCACGGGUAACCUCAGGAAAAACACAGGCUGCUCUGGAAAAAGAUAGAGUGGUUGUUUCAAGGAGCACAAUACAACGAUGCUUGAACAAAAAUGAGCUGACAGAAGCCUUUUUGCACCAGUGCCACAAAAAAACUUUGUUAUAAUGUGCCCCACAACACCUUGACACUCCUCACAGCUUCUGGCACACUGUAAUUUCGAGUGACGAGACCAAAAUAGAGCUUUAUGGUCACAACCAUAAGCGCUGUGUUUGUAGAGAGGUCAACAAGUCCAGGUGCUAAACAUAAAGGCCUAUAGUGAAAAGAAUACCAUUCCCAUUGUGAAGUAUGGUGGUGGUUCAUGCAAGAUGACGAAAAACUUUGCCUUACCUGGAGGAAUUUUGCCAAGACGAAGUGGCAAGAAUUAGGGGCCUCAUAGACGGCUAUUACAAAAGAAGUGCUGUCAUUGAUGCUAAAGGGCACACUACACAGUAUUAAGAACGAAGGGUGUUAUGGACCGUUUUUCACACAAGGGGUAAAAACAGUUUAGGCGAUCGUCCCACUUUCCAGAGAUGCAGGCACAGCUAUUGUAGAACACCAAACUCACAAACCGCCAAUAAGUGAAUGCUCCAAACUCCCGAACGGCAUCCAAUAUAGCACUCCAAACACACGAACUGGAACCAUACGAAUCACUGCUAGCAAACGAAUAGGAAAAGCACCCAAGCGGCUUACACUCCUAGCAAUCAGUCUCUAUCAGCAUUCAGUAAAUCCCCCCCAAAGACGAGACAAGGCUCGUUGAGGGUCAAGCAGUGGUAUGUUUAAUGAGGGCUACCUGCCCAGUAUUUAUGCAGGUCUCCCACCUGGUGUACACUCCCCUAGGGGACCAAAUGGGAGACUGUGACAAGGGACAGACAAGUAGACAAAUAGGACACACAGUCACAUUAUAUUCCCACAAUGCAUCCUGGCUUCCUCCCCUCUGCCUUGGAGAUAAUUGAGAAGUAAUUGAAUUAUCUCCCAAGACAAAGGCAAAUCGCCAUUAUGCACGUGGGGAUACUAACACACGAAUUACUAUUAAAAUACCCUAUGUGAGAGACAUAACAUUAAAACUAUAUACAUUUAACAUAUCCCCAGAUAGCUCAGGUCUGAGCGCACAUUAUUAAGCGAAUGGCGCUCAGACCACACAAAUACAGUUUAAUCGCCAUGGAGCUAAAGUCUUUACACAGUCAGUUUCAUGCCAAUGGGCUCCAUGGGAUUCCUAUCUGGGGUAUAACACAUUCAAGCAAAACUACCGAACACCGGGCCGUUCGUGCACUUUCACCGAACAAGAAGGGAGAUCGGUGGCUUCAGCGGUGUUCGUGCAAAACUAGUGUCCGAUUUCAGUUCCAUGAAUUAAGCGUUGAACACCGCUGUGAAUUCGCAUGUUUAAAAUGGCCGCGACCUUGUGUUCAUGAUACGAAUGGCGGCCACCCAGCAUUCAUCAAUUAAGCUGCGGUUAACCACAGCUUCAGGGAGGUUAAUUGCCGGCACACUCCAGCUCCCAGGUGAUCCAGUCAUUCGUGCGGUUGUUCGGUAGAUUGAAUCUACCGAACACCAGGCAGAAAAGCAUGAAUAAAGCUUCUCUGCAGGCAAAACAAAGUCUUUUAACAUGGGGGCCAUAGUCCAAAGGCAGCAGGCGAGCAAAAAAGGCUUCUCCAAUGCAAUGUGGCGAGAUUGCUCUCGUCACAAAGGGUAUGCAGACUUUUGAACAGGUGUCAUUUCAUUUUAUUCUUUGCUGCCAUGUUUUGUUUUAUGAUUGUGCCAUUCUCUUAUAACCUACAGUUGAAUAUGAAUCCCAUAAGAAAUAAAAGAAAUGUGUUUUGCCUGCUCACUCAUAUUUUCUUUUAAAAAAAUGGUACAUAUAUUACCAAUUCUCUAAGGGUAUGCAAACUUUUGAGCACAACUGUAAAUGCAAAGAUAUGCUCUUUUGGUAAGAUAUGUACAAGCAACUUGCACCCUACAUGGUAGUGAGUUAGGGAAAUUAAAACUGUUUAGCGUGGAAAAGCAGCGCCUCAGAUAAUAUAAUAAAUAUCUGAACAGUAACUUGGCAAAAAGCUUUAAUAUAGCUUUUUGCCAAGUUACUGUUCAGAUUUUUAUUAUAUUAUCUGAAGCGCUGCUUUUCCACGGUGUCUAUAUCUAAAUACAUAAUAAACCUACGCAGAGAAUGUACGACAUGUAGGGUAACUUUUCCCUAUACGAUUAAGUGGAACAACUUUUUUCAUAUACCACAAAUAUGAAUAUAAAAUUGGAGGUUUAUUAACCUGUAAUAUAUCCAAUAUUUAUUUUACUUCGGUGCGGUUUUGGACUCCAAAUGAUGGUACGACCUCUAGAGCACUAAAUAUCAGAAUUGUGAAACAGGUUCACAACAUAUGCAAAAAGUUUUUAAAACUGCAUAUUUGCCCAUUUUGCUGAAGCCCAGCAGGGAGACCCAUUGAUUCUCUCCUUUGUGGCCAUGUCCAAAAAGAAGAAAAAGCAAGAGAAGGCGAUCAGUUUUGUGAUUUUAUGUAGGAUACAAACUUAAUGGCUUUUUAAAUUUAAAGGGACACUGUAGUCAGCAGAACAGUUUAAUGUAAUUAAUCUGGUGUCUAUAUCUUGUCCCUGUAGACUUUUUAAUCUAAUACAAAAAGAUAAGUCCUGCGCUCACUCCCAUCACUCCUGGGCUGGCAGCAACGACCACAGUACACAUAAGACCCAAUAUAUAGUAAAAACAAAAGAAAAAAAGGUUACCUACGCUCUCUCCUUAAUCCCUAUGUAUAUUUAAACAAAUGGAGGUAAUUUAGUUACUCCAAUGGCCAUGUUAAGGGUUAAUAAGUAUAUAGGGGUGUGUAUAUAAAAAUACCCAUCUCCGUCUCAUUAGAGAUAUCUUUGCCAGAAGCUCAAGGAAGCAAGGUGAAGGGUCAGUGUAGGACCCGCUUUGGGGGGUCUGCCUUGACGUUGGCAGGCGGGCAUUCCUUCCAAUGGCCAUUGGAGUAACUAAAUGACCUCCAUUUGUCUAAAUAUACAUAGGGAUUAAGGAGAGAGUGCAGGUAACUUUUUUUUUUUUUUUUUUUAUCUAAAUACAGAGAAUUGGCAGUGUUUACAUUAUAGCGUAGGGACACCUCCAGUGGCCACUCCUCAGACAGCCUCUAGAGGUGUUUGUUAGGUCAGUGCUUCACUGCGUCUCCAAGAAAUUUCCCCGUAGAGAAACCAUGAUUCAGUGGGUUAGUGCUGCAGAAGGGAAAACAGUAACAUGUUCUUAUCAACUACAACUUUUUUAGUAUUCACUGUAUUCUUUAUUGUGGGAUUGUCUACCUAGCACUGUGCGCACUUUAAUGUUUGUGUACAGUGCAAACCAUUGUCUGCAGAUUUAUUCAUUAAUAAGAUUAUACAUAGGACACAACUGUCCCCGUCCGUAGCCCACCCCCUUUGUCACACCUUGCCACCAGCCUUGGCAGGAAGUGGAGUCUUAGGGAAGGGACAGCAGCUUGGUCCACACUACCAAGUAAGGCAGGCCUGAGAGAGGUUUCAGGCACUCUGUCCGCCCCUAAGAAUGCGGUGCCACCUGCUCCCAAUAGCAGCCUUGCCACUUACUCAUGGCAAAACUAAAGGAAGAGAAAAACUUGCCGUCCAGGCGCCCAGAACUAUAUGUCCCAGACUUCAGCCGAUAGGAAUUCUUUAUCCCUGGGCAUAUUAUUUUUAAAAUGUGAGAGAAUGUUUGUUGCAAAAUUUAAUUUUUCAGUUCUUGUAACUGUCAUUGUUUCCAUGGGGAUCAUUUUUAUUUAUUUAUAUAUAACAUCUAAGAUCCUGUGGGACUUUCAGAUCCAGACAGACAUGUAAGUACUAGCCAAUAUAUUCACAGCCCCGAGUGCUCCUAUCACAACAGGGGCUACUACUGCCUUCACUUUCCAUAUUCUUUCUAGCUCCUCAUUCAGUCCUUGCUAUUUGACCAUCUUCUCAUAUUCCUUAUUCCUGAUGCUAUAGUAACUGGGUUUUGUCACAUCCACCACUACUGCAGUCUCAUUCCAUGUCUUACACUAAAAUGUCAAGUUGGUUGGCUAGUACUUGCGUGUGUGUGUGUGUGUAUGUGUGUAUAUGUAUGUAUGUAUGUGUGUAUAUAUAUAUAUAUAUAUAUGUAUGUAUAUGUAUGUGUGUAUAUAUAUAUAUAUUUAUAAUUCAUUGGUUUAAAAAAAAAAUAAAAAAAUAUUCCACCUCCCCUUCCCCCCUGUGUAUUUAUCCAGGUAAAUCAGUGUCUCACUGAACAUUGAACGGUUAUGGGGAAACUUAAGUGUUGCAAAUGAAAACCUUUAUUCAUAACAGUAGAGUGUAUCAAACACCAUUUAAAUUAGGGCACCCCUUCCCCAUGCCCUUACAAAAGUUAACUGAACUUUGUUCCAGCAGAAUGUCACAGGUCAAGGAGAUCAUCACUGCUAUGAGAAGCGCUGGAACACAGGACGCAUCUAUUUCAUUCAUCGUUCUGCUCCUGCAAUGCUUCUAAUAUGAGAAGCCCUCACAUCUGCUUUGUACUGAAGCAGAGCGCAGUAAGGAAGAGCACCAUCCCAGCUGUCUGACUGCCUGGAUUUAUAGAAUUGCUGACUUAUCUUGAAAUGAACAUUUUUGACUUUCUUUUACCUCAAAAGUACUUCAACAUGUUGGGAUGUUUUAGGGGCUUAGGGUGUUCCUUUAAGUAUUGAUAUCAAUACUAACUUUAUUAGAAUGCAUUUUUGGGUUAUCGGUAGGAAAUCUUGGACUGAGAGCAAGUUUGCUUUUUAAUAAACAGGAAGAACACACACAUAUGCCUUAAAGUGCAUAGGGCUCUAUGAAUGAUGUGAAUGACAUUUAAGAAGGGCCAGUGACAUAAAUAGGUUUCAGCAGGUGUUAUGGUGCAAUAGUCAGCUGCCUGACAUUACAGCUGUCUGAACAGGGUACAAGGAAGCAGUGAGACAUGUGCACCUCUUAGGCUCUGUCUAGUGGAGCUGUGCAAUUAUACUGAACUACUUCAAUGCCUAAAUAUAAUAAUAAUAAUAAUAAUAAUAAUACAUAGUAAAGCAACAGGCAGCCGCUUAAGUAGAAAAGUGUAUCAGUGGGACAUGCUGUGCAAAUGAUUCCUGCUAGAAAGAAAUGUGUGCAAUCUGUUCCAAAAUAUUGAUUAAGCUACCAUUUAUUUAUUUUGAUACAUAUUCUGUUUUAAACUAGUGCUGAGAUUUUUAGAUCAUAUGAUUGCAUUUUCAGUUUUCUGCCAUGUAUUUGGAGCCAUCAACAAAAAUUUCAACUGUGCUCCAUUUUGUUUUCAUUUGGUCUGUUUUGUGCAGUUCAUGAAGACUAGAUUAGAUUUAAAAAUGUGUACUUGCAUUUUUUACUUCAAAUAUAUAUGUACUGCUUGUGAGAAGGAGCUUGCAGGUCAGUUCAGAAAUGCACAUGCUGCUGUAUGGAUGUGAACACGAUUAUCUGUCAUUAUUAGUGCAAUGCAUAGCCGUUCUGAAUGUUAGUUUUAUGGGAGACUAUAGCUCUCCUAUUGGUAUCCGUGGUAGAACUAUUAUUAGGUGUGAGAUCAGACGUGGAGAUUUGUAGCAAAUAUGGGACUUUCCAGUGUGAGUGUAUUAUGUGUACAUUUUCAAUUCAACAUGGAAUAAUGCCUCUUUAAAAUCUUGAUCCUGCCAAAUUUCUCUUGAGUCUCCUGGAAGUGUUAUCCUAUAAGUUCCUCCAUGACAAGUCUGACUAGAGUUGUACAUUUGUAAUUUCAGCCCGUCAGAUAGAACAUCAUAGAACCUACAGUCAGUCAUGUAGGAGUCAUGAUUAAGCAAACCAUUUUAGGACUACAUAGACCUUCACCACCACAUUGGUAUGGAAAUGGCAUCCAUUUCUGUUUUCCUACUAAAUAGACAAUGAAAGGCAGAUGUCUUCUCCUGUGUCAUUAAUGCCUGUACUUGGGACUUAGGAUUUCAAGGAAUUUGCUUUCUGAAGUUUGUUCUGCUCCACCAGUAGUAUCAGAUGAGAUGUGAUUUCAACUCAUGCAAUUCAUAUUUACAGAUUUGCUGUAUCUUUUCUCUUAGUCAGUCAGAUUUAAGGAACACUAUGACACAGAGAAGGUUUCACAAUUCUCUGUAUAAUGUAUGUCCCUGUAACCAUAACUCAUGUAUAAUAUAGAAUAACUUGACCAAUUGUGGCACAUUUCCUCGUAGCAUGGUUUGAAUGAAGGCUACACGCUGGCAUUGCUUGUUCUAGAAUUUCAGCAUGGUCUAUUUCUAGCUUUCUUCCUUGUACUAUAUUGUGCUUAGCAAAGUCUUUCCAUUUGACCAUGUACCAAUUGGCUCCUGUGCAAGCUCAUGUGACUCUUGUCAUCUCUGCAAGACUUUUGCUGUUUGUUCUCUCUCUCUGUGUCUUUUGGUCUCUGUGUCUCCCAUGUGAAGUUCAGCGACCUUUGAGAUUGUCUCUCCUGAUUUGGCUGAUAAUUUACUCAAUGGCACAGAGCCACGUUAUUUUAAAUUCUAAUAUUUACACGAGUGGAAAUCAAAUUUGGAUUUGUUUCAUAAUCACCAGCAUUGAUUAGUAACUAAAGGUGCUUUUAGUAACUUGUACUAGAUUUGUCUCAUCUGUCAUAUAUGGUAUGUGCAGUAAAUUAGAAUAGGUAUAAUUUGGGUUAGCAGAUCUUGCAAGAAAGGCCAUGUCAGCUGUGCUUUUAAACAAAUGCAGAAGAUGCCACACUGAUGCCUGCUACAAGGUCUACUGGACCAUGCACACUGUGUCUGUUACUUUGUAAGGGAGAAUAUUUUACAUUUAAAAAAAAUAUAUAUAUUUUAUCAUAUUAGAAUUUUUGUUACUACCUCCGUAGUUCACUAUAUAACAGAAGGAACCGUAUCUAAUUUCUGUUUGCAUGGCAUUGAAUAUUUUUUUGUUCUGGUGGUGUUAGAUGAAGUGACCUAAAUGUCUGACUUAUUUUACCUAGUUGUUAUUGUGCCCAUACUUUGCUCUUUCCAAUCUGCUUUGAGCUGGAGUGUUAAGAGUUCUGGGUAAUAAGUGAUCCCAGGUGACAGUGUUCCUAGAUUUCAGUAGCAUGCAGUUUCUAUAACACUUAGAUGAUAUCAUAUUAUGACCCACGAGAAGUCCCCUGUUGCAUGGUACUCGAGCUCCCUCUAUCUCUACAUCAAUUAAUAGUGGAAACAAAACCUCCAAAUGCUGUCACAAAGGAAACCAUGCUGAAGACCCAAAUGCGGACUAUGAAAUAAUUUGCUGUAAAUCUACUAAUGAAAUCUGCUCGUGGUCCUCUGUAGAAUGCAAACUUCAUUAAAGACUGACUGAUAGUUUGGCUGAUUUCACACCAUAAAGUAUGGCUGCUUCCUAGUAUUCUUUGUAACAGCACUGCAUUCCUUGUAACUCCUUUGAAAUGCAGAUAAGGAAGCUUUGAGGAGGAUUAAGGAUUAAUGUUAUCUAGGUUAAUGAGUUGAUGAAACUUGUUGUGAUUUGACACUAUAGCUCUCUGCUGAAAAAUAAUUGCUGUAAAUUGUUAAUUUGUUUAAUAAUCCCAUCGCAGUGCUUGUGGUGGUCUGGAAACAAGCAAACUUUUUUUAAAAAUGAUCUACAUCUAAACAAUAUUUCAUAUUGUCAAAAACUGCAUUUAAAGCGGGGAUGUCAAACUCUGAUUCCCCCACCCCAGAAUUAUUUAAAUGAAGUAAUCAGCCAGAGAAUCAUGCUGGACUUUGAGAUGCCUAUUCCGUAGAAUCCAUUUGUGGCUUUGUGUUUAAGGUUUAUUAGAACAGUUCACAUAUAUUUCACAGUUUUAUGAGGGGGCUGUUUUUGUUGUUGUUUUUUUAAAAAUCUUUUAGGUGUGCAUUUGGCUGUGCAACCUGCAUUUUUAUCAUCUACAUAUUAUGUACACUUCACCCACAUCCCCACAUCUGCGCACAGGUGAUCCGGACACUCUUUGGCAAAAAGUGGGCAGUCCGGGUCCCAAUAUGCAGUGUACUAAUAUUUGUAAUCUUGAAGCUUUGUAUUUUUGCCUUUCUGCAUUCAUGUUUUUCCUGUGUAUUUCUGUUAUUCCUAUAUUUGAUGAAAAAACAAAUAAAAAUUGUCUGAGAAAGAAAAUGUAAAAGAAGACAAAACUCUUGUGCUUGAUAUAGGGACUGUUAAAGUUACUGGGUUCUAAUGUAUAAGCCAAGCUAAACCAUGUUUGAUUUUAGAGUUCAUUACCAUAAACUGCACAUGCGCUCAGUUUAUUAAUGCAGAGUCACUUUGUCAUUUUUCACUUGUAUGUACAUAAACUAAUGUUAUUGCUCUCACUUUUGUGUAGGCCUUAUUGAAAAGGUUGGAGUCUGUAAAGCCAACAGUUGGAAUGACACGUAAUGAGCAGCUGAUGGAUUACCAGCGCCAAGCAGGAUACCUCAACGCAACAGCAUUGUCUCCUAGGCCUGGGAAGGCCUCUGCUAGCCGCAUAAGCGCCUCCUCCUCAACAGGCAAGAUUGAUGGGGUUUAAAAAAAAAAAAAAAAAAAAUCUCCAUGUUAAGUAGAUUUCUAAAGUAUUCAUUGAAAACUCUUGGACUCUGAGAGUGUAGGGGUAAAAAUUUUUGUUUUUGAAAAUGGGCAGUUUUUGGGAUGUAUGGGCAGAUUUUUAGAGUUGUACGUGCAUAUUGGCAAAGAGAGCGAGAUGGCUGUCGCAAAUAGUGAGUUAUAGCAGGUUAUUGUUUAAGGUCGAUCAACUGCAAAGAGUAGCUGUCUCUGGAACUUCAAAUAUAUAGAUGGAAAGGUAACUUUCUGAAAAUGUUUUAUUCAGUGUAAAGAUGCUUUCUGAAGUUGGCAACUCAGUGUAUGUCCUUCUUUAACAAUCUCAGUGAGGGACAGAUGCGGGGAGAUUUGCUAGAAGGUAGCAACAGAUGCUGUAGUAGACGUCUAACUGGCAAGACUUGUGGAUUAAUCUUCAAUGGCAAAGUCAAGCAAAAUCAGCAAACUACAGAGUAUCCUGCUAAUUAGUCCAUGGUAAGUGGUUUGAAAAAGCAGAAAAUAAAUUUAGCAGGCAAGUGUUGGCAACAAAGAAGAUAAUAUAGCAACAUUUUGUAUCAAGCUCUGUUUGACACUGAACUUCAUGCUUGGUGGCUUUUUAAAGCUUCCAGUAGAUUAGCCAAUCUGUAAGGGGAGAGUAGUCACAAACUGGGAGGAAUGCUUCUUGGCAUCUUGGCUUCUAAUGGCACAGUUUUAGUGAAACAUAGAAUGUGACGGCAGAUAAGAACCAUUCGGCCCAUCUAGUUUGCCCAAUUUUCUAAAUACUUUCAAUAGUCUGUGGCCUUAUUUUAUAGUUGGGAUAGCCUUAUGCCUAUGCCACGCAUGCUUAAACUCCUUAAAGGACCACUAUAGUGCCCUGAGGGUGCCCCCACCCUCAGGGACCCCCUCACGCCCGGCUCUGGGGAGAGGAAAGGGUUAAAACUUACCUUUUUUCCAGCUCUCCGCCUCCUCUCCUCCCCUUCGGCUGAAUUGCAUCUUUGCAUGCAAACGCCUCUAGCGGCUGUCAAUGAGACAGCCACUAGAGGAUUUGGAGGCUGGAUUAACCCUAUUAUAAACAUAGCAGUUUCUCUGAAACUGCUAUGUUUAUUUAAAAAAGGGUUAAUCCUAGAGGGACCUGGCACCCAGACCACUUCAUUAAGCUGAAGUGGUCUGGGUGCCUAGAGUGGUCCUUUAAUCCAAACAGGAUUUCCUUAUUUAGAGUGGAUUAUGCAGUAAGGUAACAUCGUAACUAUGCAGACAAGGAUAUACACAACUGAAAUUUUUCAAGAAACAUUUUCCAGUACGUUGUCUAUAUACUUUGCCACGAAGGUUCAGCUCCACCUUCACCAUAGCAAAUAGCAAUUUUAAUCCAUAAAACAAAUUGACCUUUUAUUCAGCCAAAAAAUAAUAUUGACUGUAUUUUGGCAAGCAUGUUAAUUCCCCAAUUUGGGCAUAAACGGUGAAGGCAGUCCAAUAAAUGGUGAUAUUUACAUAAUAAAUGCUUCUUACACAUAAAUAAAAUUCAGCUGACACAAUUAUAGCAAACAUUGCAUGGAGAUAUGUCACCCAUAGAAUCUGCAAAAGUUGCGCUUUGUCCAUUAAAUGGUGAUAUGUACAUUAAUGCUUAUUAAAAACUAAAACUGAAUCUUGAUCUGCUGGAAUAUGUCCAAAGCACACCUGAGAAUCAAAUAUCCCAAUUCAGUAGACUCAAAUGGUAAACAUUACAUGGAGAAAUGUCAGUUAUAGAUUUUCCAAAAGGGGCACUUUGCCCAAUAAAUGGUGACAUACAUUAAUGCUUCUUAAAGGGAAAUUAUUGUGCCAGGAAAACCCUUCUGUCACUUACCUGGUUCCAACACUUAUGUCCCUCGACACUGGUUCAGGCUCCGCCUCCAACAUAAGCCUCUCUCAUUAGUAUUUCCUCCAUAGGAAAGCAUUGUAUAGUGUGAGGACGUCCAGUGUCAGUUUGGCGACCAAAAGUUGCCUAACAACUCGGAAGUCCCUCUAGUAGCAGUUUGGCAUACAGCCACUAGAAGUGGAGAUGACCCUCAAAGGUAAUUAUUGCAGUUUUAAAAAAAAUUGCAAUAAUUACCUUUGCAGGGUUAAGGGACCUAGGACUAUGCAACCAGACCACUUAAAUUAGCUGAAGUGGCCUGUGUGCUUAUAGUGUCCCUUUAAACAUACAAACACAAUCUCACUGAUUUUGAAGCACCACCUGUGACAGCCAUUGACCUGCUCUUCGCAGUGCCCACCAUGUUCUGGCAGGUGUAGCGAGGAGCCAUGUGCAGAUCCAUACCCUCUGUGCCGCUUACCGGGAAUAGUGGGUGCUACUAGCCCCUUGCACACAAUCAAAAAUAUCUCAAUGUGCAGUGUUUAAAGCAAAAACGCUGCUCAUACUUACUCCUACCACCAUGAUCACUACAAAUCAAUGAAGUGAUCAUGGUGGUUGGAGCAAGUCUUUAAUCAGAGGCAUUCUGAAUAGUUAACUGAGGAUUUGGCACAGUUACAGAGAGAACAUAUAAAAAAAAAUGGAGGGCUUUUUAUAAAAUGCUAGAGAAUAAUUAGGGAGGAGCAUGAAAAAUUGAGGUGUCAGUUGAAGAGUGUGAGAAAUCAUUGGUAAAAGGGGUGUGGGGGGCAUGCAAAAAAGAUGCAGUAAGUAAAUUAAUUGAGUGCAUGGGAUGUACAUAAGUGGGUGAAAUCUGCAGAAUUCAAGUAGCCGUGGGAGGAAAAGGGAUAACUCAAUUGGGAAAAGGUGAAGAAUACAGCCAAGGGAGGACAAGAGAACAGAGUAAUGUAGAGAGAUUUAGCUGAUUGUUGGAAAACAGAUGACCAGGUAACCUUAGAUUGGGAACUACUGACUUAGAGCAUCAACUACUUCAAGUGUUAAUCCAAGCAACAUGCCCACAUCAGUGUUUUGAAGUGGUCAUGGUGCUUGGAGUCUGUAUGUGCAGAGUUUUAUCAAUAAAAGACUUCCUUCAGCCUCUACAGAGAGGGGUAGCGAUGUCUGCUGGGAGAACUUUGUUUUGGUGUGGUAUCUAACCUGCCAUUUAGUUUUAUUUAAUUUUUAAUUUUGGAAACCGGAAACAUGCCGGUAAGGGUUACUCUAAUCAAAACAGUCUUUUGAUUACUCUAAUCAAAACAGUAAAGUAGCCCUUAAAAGGAACACUCUGGGGCUAGUAAUAUGAACAUGUGAUUCUAAACCUAUAGUGCUUGACAACAUGUUUAGAUUACUGCCACCCUCCCCAGAAUGAAGCAAAAAAAGUACUUUACUCACCUCCCACACCCCCUUCCACGGCGUUCUCUCGCGGCCAAAUUGCCUUCUUGGCAAUCCGAUGCUUUCCCAUAGACCAUCUGAUUCAGAUUGCACCGUUUUCUCUGUUUUGUCACUAGAGGCAUUUUAAGUCUGUAAUGUAAACAUUGCCAUUUCUACAGUUCAGUGUUUUCAGUUCUGGCAUUAAAACGACAGGGACAUACCACCCAGAUCACUUUCUUUUAACUAAGUGGUCUGUAUGCCUAUAGUGUCCCUUUAAGCACAUUUAGCAACUGGACAAUGUGUGUUUAGUGAAAUAUAGCACCAUGACAUUCAUAGUGGAAUGUAGUAACAUCAAUAAUUUCUCUAUUAACCCCUUAAGGACACAUGACAUGUGUGACAUGUCAUGAUUCUUUUUUAUUCCAGAAGUUUGGUCCUUAAGGAGUUAAACAUGUAGAAUAAAUAAGGCAUUUUUCACUUGCACUCAAUAUUUCCAUCAUUUCUAUGGUCACAAUAUAAUGAUGAUAAGGUUUUAAAUGAAGAUGGCAAAUAUCCUUUGAUUCUGAUAGAAUCUUUAUGAAAUUCUCACUUUGACUGUGUUGGGACUUACUAGUUAGUCUCUUUAUUUCCCCUCCGCUGAGUGACAGUCAAUCCCGACCUCCAGUUGUGGCUGAAGGGAAUUGGCUAUGGCCAUGGCAGAUCACCUAACUCACCUUGAGGUCACCAUCGUGGAUAUUUACGAAUUUAGCAAAGUCCCCAGGUGGUAACAGCGCCACUUUAAUGAAUUUAGAUGCAAUUUAUUAUUUCUUUCAGGUCCGUACCUUAUAAUAGAAUUAACUCUACAUUUCUCUUUCUUUAUCAGGUAGUUUUUCACGGGUGUCAAGUGGAUGCAGGAGCAGUGAUGGGACCAAUUCCAGUGCUGCCAUGUUGAGACCUGCAAAAUCCAAUAAUGUUCGAACUGCAUGGCAGUGAUUAUCCAAAUGCAACCUCUUUGAACAUCCUCCUAUUAUUUCAAGUCAUUUUGUAAAUAAAUAUAAGACCUUAUUUGCUGCUAAUGUGAAAAUCUUGAUACAUAAUAUACAAUUGGUGUGUGGGGUAUUUAUUUUCUAUGUAUGUGAUUUUUAAAAAAAAAUUUUUUUUAAUAAGAAAUUGUUAUUCCAGCCUGCUGCAGUUUCCUGCUGUAUCAGAAUUGUCCAAUACACAAUAUCUAGAGUUCUGGACACCCAGUAGAUACCUAGUUCUCUAGAUUAUAAUUAAAGAAUGUUCAACGCUAUACGGAAGUUUUGUGCACUACGUUACAGCUGACUAAAUCCACUUGGGCUUUGACUUGGGCUUUUGUUUAUCUCUAAUCAGUGGAUGGCAUUCCAUUUCGACAUGUUUAUAUGGAUAACGGAGGACAGGAAAUUGUAACCAUGGCAACAAACACAUAGAUACAUUGAUGAGACCAUAAGAGCUUCACAAUAUGCACACCUCAAAUUAAUGGAGCCCUAACUCCCUCAUUUCUCAGUCUGUCGCUCUCUGGCUUAAGAGACUUAAUUCAACAACUCCUGAAGAAUAGCAUGUUGAUAUGCUUUAUUUGCAGGUGUUUGCAGAGCUCUUCUUCAGCAGGUUAUCAGUUGGCUAGCUUGCAAUUGGUAAAGAAAACUAAGGACGUAACCCAGUUCUUCUGCCUUCCUUACGGAUUGUAUUGGUUAAGCUCUUACUGAUGUUUAAUUUAUUUAAAUUCUGUGCUGUGUUGUAUUCUGAGUGGUUGUGAGUUUAACCAUUUACUUAUAAGGUCAGCAUCUCCAUAUGUGUACAUUUGGAGACACCCAGGUGAUUUCCAGUAAUCCACUUUUCCAGACACGGCUUGUGAAUUUCAAUAUUAGUUUUUCACAAUAGAAUUUAAUUUGAUUAGUUGGGCUAAGUAUAUUUUUUUAAUUGCAUACAGUUUUUACUUUGCUUUAUACCUUUUUUAUUUGUGCAUGUGUAUUGUGUGUUUAUAUACAUAUAUAUAUAUAUAUAUAUACACACAAACACACAUACAGGAAUGUAAAAAUUCUAUCCUAGCCCAAUAUAACUAUGUAACUAGUAUGAGGAGUAAUGUUUUGUCUUCCUGAAUAAAAACUUAUUUUUUUUUAUUUAUAUUUACCCUUUCCCUAAUAAAGUAUUUCAUAAUUUAGUUUUACAUUUUUUUGUAUUUUCUGUAAGUAUAUGAAAUGAAAUCAGAAUUACAAAAUUGUCUAGUUUGAAGAAUGUUAAACUCUUUUUUUUUCGCUAUUAAUUGUGCGUACACAUGCAGUCUUGGAACAACGCAGAGUAUGGCGGAAGACUUUUACAAGAGAGUACUAUGGUAUCGCAAGAGAAUGAUACAAAACUGCUGGUUGUUACAUGCCAUUUCUCUGUGCUUCUAGUUUAUGUGCAGUUUCAUAUAUUCAUUUAUUUUAGUGUUUUUAUUCCUAAUUUAUAAAUAAAUCUGCUGUAAUCUGCUAAUAUACAUGUUUCAGGCAAUUAAAGGGCUAGUGGAGCCAAAAGUGUUUUCAUAAAACAAA